ACCCAAACCCUGAAGCCCCGGAAUGGAGGGCCAGACGCCGCCGGACAGUAUGCAAGGCGAGGCGCGGCCGCCGCCGGCGUAUGUAUCCAAGGUGCUUGAAGACGACAACCUCCUGACGGAGAUCAUCGUCCGCGUCGGGUUCCCCACCAGCCUGGUCCGCGCCGCCUGCGUCUGCAGGCGCUGGCUCAGCCACGCCUCCGACCGCGCAUUCCUCCGCCGUUUCCGCGAGCUCCACCCGCCAAGACUCCUCGGCUUCUACCUCGCGCAAGGCUAUCCGUACGACGCCGCACGCUUCUUCCCGAUGCUGCCUCAGCCCCCGGAGCUCGCUGCCGUCAUCCGCCGCACAAACUUCUCCAAAAAAGAAGGGGGUACCAUGGUGGGCUGCUCGAACGGCAGCGUCCUCACCCGCCGCAUGAACUUCAGCGUCCUCAGCCUCACCAACAGCGUCCUCGCCUACGAGCUUGUAUUUGCAGUGCACAGCCCACUGUGCUAUGACUAUGACCGUGGUAUGGCCAUCCUCCCAGGAUUACAGUUCACAAUGCCCUGUUUGUACAAUUGGGCACAACUCUUCUCCAAAGAAGAAGGGGAUGGCUCGUCCUACUUUUAUGUCACCGUGGAGGAUACCAUGGAACCUAAGGUGAAUGUUUAUAUGUUGCAAACUGGUGAUGAUGCCUGGCAGAAACAUCUCACCUUGGGGUCAGAUCGCCUCCUGCAUCCACAAUCUAGUCCUAAAGGCGUACUUGUUGACAGCAAAAUCUAUUUUGCGACCGACAAUGCAAUUGUUGUCCUAGAUUUGACAUCCUCAAUAUUAUCGGCAAUUCAGCUCCCACACGGGGUGGGUUUUGACCUAGGCACCACCAUGUUGUCGCGGGUCGAUGAUGGUUCUGGUGUAUAUCUCAUCCAUAUCAAGGAGCUUCAACUUCAUAUCUGGCUCCACAAUGGGGACAAUUGGUUGCUGGUGGACACCAUUUGCUUGAGCGAAACAUGUGCUGGUUUGCUUGAGGAUGAGCCUACUGCUGAUAUCCGGAUAAACCAUGUGGGGGACUAUAAUGGGUUUGUAUUCUUGGAGAUGGGUCGAUCCGCACACUACUUGGAUGUCAGGCGCAGGACGUUGUGUAAAGUGUACGAGAUGACAACAGAGGAGAAAUAUUUGGGUGAUAUCUAUCCUUUAAUGAUGACCUGGGCUCCCUUUUUCCCUACUGUCCGUCCUGCAAGGAAUGCCACGUGAAGGGAUACGAGGAAGCUUUUGGAUGGCUUCUGACUAAUCCUUAAAUUUUAGCCGCAGUCUGUCUAAUCUACAUGGCACAUGUGCUGGAUCUGUAAUUCUUGUCGUGGUUUUAGUUCCAAUUUUAUUGUACUUGUAGAGAGGGAUGAACCAAAAGCAGUUGCCAGUAGGCUCACGUGAGUGCAUCGGUUUUUUUUUUGAGUGGUAGUGAAUGCAUCAUGUAAGAGUGGCAAUUGUGUAUAAGUUUCUGAAUGGGCUGACACUAUUCACA